AUGCCACCGUUUACCACCCUCACAGUUAUGCCAAGAGUCUUUGGAGGAGGCGUUGUUGUGGAAGACCAGCCAGAUGUGAGUGCAGUAUUGUCUGCCUACAAUCAACAGGGGGACCCGACCCUGUACGAGGAAUACUACAGUGGAUUAAAACACUUCAUUGAGUGUUCCCUGGACUGUCAUCGAGCGGAAUUGUCUCAGCUGUUUUAUCCUCUCUUCGUGCACAUGUACUUGGAAUUGGUCUACAAUCAACAUGAGAGUGAAGCAAAGUCUUUUUUUGAAAGAUUUCAUGGGGACCAGGAGUGCUAUUACCAGGAUGACCUGCGUGUAUUAUCUAGCUUAACCAAAAAAGAACAUAUGAAAGGUAACGAGACCAUGCUGGAUUUCCGAACAAGCAAGUUUGUGCUGCGUAUUUCUCGUGACUCCUACCAGCUCUUGAAGAGGCAUCUUCAGGAAAAGCAGAACAAUCAGAUCUGGAACAUUGUUCAGGAACAUCUUUACAUUGAUAUCUUUGAUGGAAUGCCUCGCAGUAAACAACAGAUAGAUGCUAUGGUUGGAAGCUUGGCUGGGGAGGCAAAACGAGAGGCUAAUAAAGCAAAGGUUUUCUUUGGCUUAUUGAAAGAACCAGAGUUUGAUGUGCCUUUGGAUGAUGAAGAUGAAGAAGGAGAAAAUGAGGAAGGAAAGCCAAAGAAGAAAAAACCUAAAAAAGAUAGUGUAGGGUCAAAAAGUAAAAAACAAGAUCCUAAUGCUCCUCCCCAAAACAGAAUUCCUCUGCCUGAACUGAAAGACUCUGACAAGCUGGAUAAAGUAAUGAAUAUGAAGGAAGCUGCAAGGCGUGUGCGUCUUGGCCCCGAGUGCCUGCCCUCCAUCUGUUUCUACACGUUCCUUAAUGCUUACCAGGGUCUGACUGCAGUGGAUAUUACAGAUGAUUCUAGCAUGAUUGUAGGAGGCUUUGCUGACUCUACUGUCAGAGUGUGGUCCGUGACUCCAAAAAAGCUACGUAGUGUGAAAACAGCAGCAGACCUCAGUCUCAUCGACAAAGAAUCAGACGAUGUCUUGGAGAGGAUCAUGGAUGAGAAAACAGCAAGUGAGUUGAAGAUUUUAUAUGGUCACAGUGGACCUGUCUAUGGCACCAGCUUCAGUCCUGAUAGGAACUAUCUGUUGUCCUGUUCUGAGGAUGGCACCGUCAGACUGUGGAGUCUCCAAACAUUCACAUGUUUGGUGGGAUAUAAAGGACACAACUAUCCAGUAUGGGAUACACAAUUCUCUCCUUAUGGUUAUUACUUUGUGUCAGGGGGACACGACAGAGUGGCUCGCCUGUGGGCAACGGAUCACUACCAGCCUUUACGGAUAUUUGCUGGCCAUCUUGCUGAUGUGACAUGUACCCGAUUUCAUCCAAACUCCAACUAUAUUGCCACGGGCUCAGCAGACAGGACUAUACGGCUCUGGGAUGUUUUGAAUGGGAAUUGUGUAAGAAUAUUCACUGGACAUAAGGGACCAAUUCAUUCAUUGGCGUUUUCUCCUAAUGGACGAUUCCUGGCUACUGGUGCAACAGAUGGAAGAGUUCUGCUGUGGGAUAUUGGACAUGGCUUGAUGGUUGGAGAAUUGAAAGGGCACACUGACACUGUCUACGCGCUCAGAUUCAGUAGAGAUGGGGAGAUUUUAGCAUCAGGUUCAAUGGAUAACACAGUUCGUCUGUGGGAUGCUGUGAAGGCAUUUGAAGAUUUAGAAACCGAUGACUUUACUACAGCCACUGGACAUAUAAACUUGCCUGAAAACUCACAGGACUUGUUACUAGGUACAUACAUGACCAAAUCAACCCCGGUUGUACACCUCCAUUUUACACGAAGAAACUUGCUGCUGGCUGCAGGAGCCUACAGUUCACAGUAAAUCGGGAAGCUGUAAGCCUGACUGUGCCAAGUCAUUGCAGUAGUGACCUCAGGAUGCAAGACGAGGAGGAAUGUCUUGUACAGGUGGAUCCCACUAGUCUGUUGCAGGAAAAACGAAACUACGUAAACUAAUGCCAAGCAGCGUUUCUCAGUUCUGCUGUUUCAUAUUUAUCCACAGUUUGAAAAUGCUGGAGAUUGACAAGACAUCGUGGCUGUAAAAGAAGGAAUUGUUCAUGGUGCUUCUGAUAAAAAAAAAAAAAAUAUAUAUGUGUAUAUGAAAAUGGCUGUCUCCUCUCAGAGAUGGUAUUGAGCUCUGCUGAAACUUGUGGAAAGUUAACAGCCUUGGUAUGUGUUCUCAAAUGAUUUUUUUAAAGCACUUAAUUUAUGGUUAGCAAAUGUUUAAUCAGCCUCAAGCACAAGCAAGAACUGUUCAGUUUCGGAGAAGAAUGUAGUUUAAUUCACUAUAGCCUGCGCUGGGCAACAGGAACGGUGAGAGCAUCACAGCAACAAACAAGGCAUUGAAAGAGUAGAUCCUACAGGCAGAGGCUUGUGGGGAAAUGCCACGAAGUUACAUGUGUGGGUUUUAUGCAUCCAAAUGCUAAGUCCUGAAAAGAUUUCAAACUUCCGUGCUCUUUUGAGGUAUCAGAAACACAGAUCUUGUUAUUCUGUUUUCACAGGUAGCCAAUGCUGUAAGUGAGAUAGGCAAC